GCGCGGGAAGGCCGGGAACAGCCACAGGUCGCGAAGCCAUGGGGUGGGCAGCCCGAGCGCCGACUGGGGGCGGCCCCGCGCGGCCCGGCCCCGCCCCUCCCGGUCGGUGCCCGCCCCCCUGAGCGCCCCGCCCCCUCCUUCCCCGCAGCCCCCACCCCCCGCCCCGGCUCCUCAACACAAACUUUCCGUCCCGCUCGCUCCCUCCUCCGCGCCCGGCGCCUCCCGCUCCGGCCCGGCUCAUUCCGCACAUUCCGGCCAGCCCCCUCCCCAAGACCCCCCUUUCCCGGCCCCCCUCUCAGCUUUUUCGGGCCCGGCGGAGCGGCCCGGCCGGAGCGCCCCCCCGAGCUCGGACCAGGCUCCGGCUGCCCAGUGGGCUCAGGCCCAGAGCCCAGAGCAACCAGCACAAUAGCGUCCAACAGCUGGAAUGCCAGCAGCAGCCCCGGGGAGGCCCGGGAGGAUGGGCCCGAGGGCCUGGACAAGGGGCUGGACAACGACGCCGAGGGUGUGUGGAGCCCCGACAUCGAGCAGAGCUUCCAGGAGGCCCUGGCCAUCUACCCGCCCUGCGGCCGCCGCAAGAUCAUCCUGUCAGACGAGGGCAAGAUGUACGGUCGAAAUGAGUUGAUUGCGCGCUACAUCAAACUGAGGACGGGCAAGACGCGGACGAGAAAACAGGUGUCCAGCCACAUACAGGUUCUAGCUCGGAAGAAGGUGCGGGAGUACCAGGUUGGCAUCAAGGUCUCUAGCCACUUGCAGGUUCUAGCCAGGCGGAAAUCUCGAGAGAUUCAGUCCAAGCUGAAGGACCAGGUCUCCAAGGACAAAGCCCUCCAGAGCAUGGCAUCCAUGUCAUCCGCCCAGAUUGUCUCCGCCAGCGUCCUACAGAACAAGUUCAGCCCACCCUCCCCUCUGCCCCAGGCCGUCUUCUCCACUUCCUCACGGUUCUGGAGCAGCCCCCCUCUCCUGGGACAGCAGCCUGGACCCUCUCAGGACAUCAAGCCCUUUGCACAACCAGCCUACCCCAUCCAGCCGCCCCUGCCGCCAACGCUCAGCAGUUACGAGCCCCUGACCCCGCUCCCCCCAGCUGCUGCCUCUGUGCCCGUAUGGCAGGACCGUACCAUCGCUUCCUCCCGGCUGCGGCUCCUCGAGUAUUCUGCCUUCAUGGAGGUGCAGCGAGACCCCGACACGUACAGCAAACACCUAUUUGUGCACAUCGGCCAGACGAACCCUGCCUUUUCGGACCCGCCUCUGGAGGCCGUCGACGUGCGUCAGAUCUAUGACAAGUUCCCAGAGAAAAAAGGGGGACUGAAGGAACUCUAUGAGAAGGGGCCCCCUAAUGCCUUCUUCCUUGUCAAGUUCUGGGCCGACCUCAACAGCACCAUCCAGGAGGGCCCGGGAGCCUUCUACGGGGUCAGCUCCCAGUAUAGCUCGGCCGAUAGCAUGACCAUCAGCGUCUCCACCAAGGUGUGCUCCUUUGGCAAGCAAGUGGUGGAGAAGGUGGAGACAGAGUAUGCCAGGCUGGAGAACGGGCGCUUCGUGUACCGCAUCCACCGCUCCCCCAUGUGCGAGUACAUGAUCAAUUUCAUCCACAAGCUGAAGCACCUGCCGGAGAAGUACAUGAUGAACAGCGUCCUGGAGAACUUCACCAUCCUGCAGGUGGUCACGAGCCGGGACUCCCAGGAGACCCUGCUUGUCAUUGCUUUCGUCUUCGAAGUCUCCACCAGCGAGCACGGGGCCCAGCACCAUGUCUACAAACUCGUCAAAGAUUAGGCUACCCUCUGCCCCCACCACCAGGAUCCAGGACGAGCGUCUGUUCCACACACCUGCCUGGCCCUCCCUGGAAGUCUGGGAUUGAGGACUCACCCGCCUGCCAGGCCUCAGGCCCAGGACCCAGGAGGCCUCCCCACCUACCCCCAGCACACACACUCCCUGCCACUGUUCUGCGCUUUAAUUGUGGGAGAAGAGAGGAGGGCUCAGUGGUGGGGCAGCCCGCCCUAGAUGCUGAACCAUCGCCCAGCUCUGCCCAGCCUCCGGUGAAUGGGAGGACCCCUUUGGGCUCAGGCACGUGUGGCCGGCAGGGGAGGGUGGAACGGAGACCGAGGGAGUCAGAGUGCAGAGGCCCCAGGAAGGAGAGUGUCGAGUUGGAGUUAGGUUGAGAAGAGAGAGGGGCCCACACUUUCUUGCACCUGCUAUGUGCCGGGCCCGGUGCUAGGUCCUAUGUGUACCCAGUGCCGUUCUCAGACCACGUGAGGCGAGCACGGGUCGUGGGUCUUGGCGUCUCAUGAUGUGCUGAGACUUGAAGUUGAGCGACCCUUGCAGGGUGGGGCAGAGUUGGAAUUCUCAUCCAGGGCUGCCUGUCCCCAGAGCCCAGGUUUACACUACCUCCCUGGAGGGGAUGGGAAAGAGGGUCUGUACUAGGGGCUGGGGCCAUCCACGUUGGGAGCCUCCUCCCAGGGGAGCAGCUGCUUCUGACCAGGCAGGAAGAGAGGAGCAGCAGGUACUUGGCACCUGUUAGGUGCCCUCUGUCAGCCCCUGUGCUGACCUCCUCCAACCUGCCCUGGCCCAGAUCCAGUGCCUGAGCCCGUCAGCAGCUUCCUGAUGGGAGAAGGACCCCAGGGGCAGACUCCAAAAUAGCUUGGAGCGUCCUGUAGAAAGAUGGAGCCCCAGCCUCAGGGCAGACCAGUGUUCCAGGGACAAGGGGUAGCAGAAAGGCUUUGCUAUUUUUUAAUGCCCAAGACUUGGGUUUGGUCAACCCUUGGUGGGCACCACUCCCUUAUGUUUUUCUCCAUCUCAGUCUCCCAGGACUCGGACAGCAGCUUCCCAGAAUCAGUUCUGGGACUGAAGGUUAACCCUUCCCCUGCUGGCCCUUCCCAACACCCAGGCCCCUCUGCCAGCUUGGCCUGUCUACCAGCCACCUCUGGGCAUUCACGAGUUUCAUAUGAAGUACUGUGCCCCUUCCCUUCCUUACACCACCCGCCCCUGAGCUUCCUGAAGGUCCUCACAAUUUGCAUAUCGCUCAGGCCACUUCCAAACCCAACCUAGGUUUUAUAAUGUAUAUUAUAUUUUUUGUGUAUUUUUUAAAUCCAGCUGUGAUGGGUUAUAUCAUAAACGUGGCGUGCGGCUGGGGCAGGGGCCCUCAAGGCCCAGCUCCUGCUCAAAAAAAAAAAAAAAAAAAAAUUAAAGUUAUUUGUUUGUGGGUUAGUUGUGUGACCAGUGUAUGCCAGACCUCUCUGGGUUGGAUUAGCUUCCAAUGGGUGUUCCUGCUAGGUUAGCUCCUGGUGGGUCCCCCCACUCUACUCCAUCUCUGCUGGAGGGCCCCCAAGCCAUACUUGCACUCAGGGUCCCAUGAAAGUUUUGCAGAUUCCCGUUCUCCCACCCACUCCUGCCAUGAGUGGAGUGCUGAAAUGUGCCCAGUGCUGGCCUAGGUUCUACUGCUGCAUUGUCUCUUUGAAGUGACCUGCCCAAGGUCACACAACUACUGAGGCCCCCUGCUAAAUCCCCAGUCUUCGUGGUGGCUACUGCUGGUUCUCUAGCCUGUUCUCACUUUACACCAGAGAAGAACCUCAAGGGGGAAGAGUGCUUUCCCAAGUGGAUGGCUGCUAGCAGGGGAAGCCAGAUUCCAACCUGUUCUCUGCCUGGAAAAGCCCUGCUCUCCCCUCUGAACCAUCUUGUGCUCAUACAGCAGGGACCACACAGUGGGGAGGGUGAGGAGACAGUAUCUUCAAUGGAUAUGCAUUGUUUAUCUGAAAUUCAAAUUUAAAUAAGCAUCCUGUAUUUUCAUUUGCUCAAUCGGGUAUCCCUACUCUAGAAUCUAGUUUUCUAGAUCAUUCUGGUCCAACCUCCAGAUUUGCAGAUGGGGAAACACUGAAGUUAAAUGCUGUAUUCACUCAGCCAGUGGCAACACCAAGAUUUGAAUCUGGUCGGCCGGACUCCCAAGACCAUACACCUGGUAGACUAAUCUGGUAGCUUUUUGUCUUAGUCCACAGCAUUGGAUGGCCACCAGACUCACUUGCAAGAUGGGGAGGGUGCCUGGAGCCCCGGCCAGGUGGUUGUGGCUCCUGGAGUCAGAACUUGGUUUAUGAAGCACCCACUACGUGCCCAGCCUAGGACUGGAUCCAAAAUCUGAUCUCUGGGCUUAACAGGUAAUUCUAUCUAUUGGAUGCUUGAGGCAUCAUCACGUGUGCUGUUGCCUUCUCUCUCCCCCGGAGUAAACAGUAAACAGCCUUCGGGUGAUUUAGAAUCAUGUAGAUCUCCUGCGGAAAAUCCAAGUGCAAUAUGGCCGCCUCUCGCCCAUCUCCCUACUUCCUUGCCCCCACAUGCAAAUGUAACAGAUCCAGAGGUGGGUGAUGUCUAGUUUCAAGGUCCCAAAGUAAGGCGAGGAUCAGAAUAAGGGGAGUCUUGUGAGGCUGGAGCCCAGGACUCUCCUGAAGUGGCUCUUACCUGCUCAGGGUUCUGUGGGAAGCUUUAAAGGGCCAAGAUGGCUGGAUCCCAGAGACUGGAGCUGAAGUUCUGCCUUUCCUGCCCGUUUCUGUUCUGAUGUCAUCUUGCCAAUUCUAAGGUCAAGGCCUAGGUGCUACUGUGAGAUUUCUUAGGGGCUCUUUAUUUCCCUGUAGUGCUAAUGCUGGAGAACUGGGGCUCCCCAGAUAGCUGAACCCUGAAUUCUCAGGUGCACACAAGCUUUUGACGGAUCAUCCCAGAGGCUGGAAUUUGAUGAAAAUAGCUCAACCUUCUUUCACAAUGGAAUCUGUCUCCAUGCCCGUUUUCCAUUUGCUUUCUCUUCUGCUACCUACUCUUUAUUGUGCUGCUGGGGGCCUCUUGAGAGCAGGCACCAAGGCUCUGAACAGGUUCCCCACUGCCCAGUAGUGGGUCAGCAUUUUAGUAUAGUUGGUAAGAAUUCCUACCCCAGUAACGUAAGGCUUAAUAAACAGAAUGGGUUUGAUUUAAAUCCAGGUGAUUCAAAUCAA